UCAUUUCCCGCCAUGCACUGGACACGUUGCCAUAGCACCACGUUGGUUUACCAACAAACAUGGCGCACAGCCCAUCUCGUGUCUUUGCUACAAUUUCACCGAAUGCUGGUGAUGUUUACCGAGACGAAAACGAAUCGGUGUUUACCCGGGGACGCAAACAAACACCUUUACACGCUCAAAGCAACGCAAGAGUAGUCCAGAUGACGGGCUGUGCGGAGUUAUCGUGUCCUCCCGACCGCGCCACCGUCACCAUCAGCGUCAAAAACAGUAAAGAAAAUGUUAACGACGUGACUAACAGCGUUACCCGACGACUGGAGUACAUACUACAGACUGUGAGACAGAAUGAUGUCAAGGAAGAAAACAUCACUGUGACCAAGCAUUUACAAAGAGAGGAAGAGCUCUUCCACAUGCAAGCUGAGGUGCUUGUGGUGUUUUCAGACUUUGAGAAGAUGCAACAAGCACGCUCAGUUUUGAUUGAAAAACUUGACAAAAUCGUGUGUGUUGGUGACCCUUACUACAGUCACAGUGCGGAAAGUCUCAGUUUGUUAAGACGGCGAGUAUGUUUGGAAGCCGUGGACAACGCCCGGCUAAAAGCCAGCGAGGUGUGUUGCAUUCUGGGACAAGCUCUGGGGCGGCCACUGCUUGUACGUGAGGAGGAAUCACGAGAGUGGACCAGCGGCCAGCAUGAAGUGACUGUCUCUCCUCUAACACUACACCAGAAAACUGGGAUUACAUUAGUCUAUGCCUCUUCACACGUGUUUGUGACCUUUGAGUUGCGUCCGAAGGAAAACAACAGGAGGAAAUUUUGAAAAUUUUGUGUGUUUAGCAGUAAUAAUAGUACAUGUAGUUUCUUUUAUUUGUUGUUUUAACCUGUAAACACAUAGUCCUGUGAAGUAAGCACCAUAGAGGUCCACCGAUAUUCACAAAAGGGCCUAAACAUAAAGUUACCUCUUGUUCCUUCUGUUGUUUUAACUUAAAGGAAUACUCCACCCCAAAAUGAAAAUUUUGUCAUUCACAAUCACUUACCCCCAUGUCAUUACAAACACGUAAAAAUUUGUCUUCAGAACACAAUUUAAUAUAUUUUGGAUGAAAAGCU